UGCGCGCCACCUGGGGCACAGGCGGGGGCUCGCGGGCAGAAGCCGCGGGUCUAGGCAGCCCGCAAGUCCGCACACCCGAGGCUCAGGCCCGAGAGGGCCUGCCCUGGGACGCGGGGGCGGGCAGCGGAGGGACGGAGCCCUGAGCGAGGUUUGAGAACUGCAGUGACGGAGGAGCCCGAGCCCAUCCGAGCAGGCGGCGCGGGCGGGGAGUGCCCCACCCAGCCCGCAGGCGAGGAUGAAGGUCCGCGGAGAGAGCGCCGCCCCGACCUCCGCCUGCCGCCUGCCGGGGUUUUCGCCCAGGGACCGGAUGGGCAGCAAGGAUGGAUCAGAUCUCUGCAGGCCGCAGCCACCUGUCAGCCCACCCAGCAGGCUGACCCACCUGGAAAACCUCGUUCACCACAGGCAGAAACCCUGGUCCAGAGCAGACAGUCUGACCUUGGAAGUUUCAGCUCCUUCCUGCACUUGGUCUCCUAAUGCCUUAAGCUGCCUAUCCAAGAAGACACUGGCAUUUGUAGCUUUUGUGCUCUCUAGGGCGGGCCUCAGGAGGGAGGAGCUGGUGAGAGAGCGUGGCAAAAGCAGAGGCCCCAGGGCCAAGUGCACUGAAGAUGGGGAUUCAGGCAUCUGGGCCAGGCUUCUAGGGGAGAAGUUGUUAAAGGGGGUCUUCCUCGCAAAGCCCAGCAGCAGCCACAGCCCAGAAGCCAGCUGCAGCCUGGCCCUGCCCCACCUUCCUUCCUCUGUUCCAACCAUUUCUCAGCAAGCCUGGGGAGGGGAAGGGAAACAGGCCAGAGGGGAGGGGCCCAGCAUUAUAAAUAAACAAGAACUCUUCAGAGGCAUGGAAAGGGCUCAUACCCUUUGCUAGCUGGGUGGCCUUGGGUAAGGGACUUCACCUCACCGGCAUCCACCCCUUGGGCCUAUAGGACAAACUACUCUAAAGAAUGCAUAGGGGGUGCAGCAAUGGUGGGAACCCUGUGGUCAGCGCCUCAACGGGAGCUCAAGGUCACAUCUCUCUG